AUGAAGGAUGGAAAUUGCAGAUUCUAUAGACAGCAUGAUCAUUAUAUUAAUACUUGCAAAGAAAUUGAUAUGGCCAUUCAUAAUGGUAAAUGUUGCAAGAACACAAAAAACCAUAUUGUGUUACCUACAGGUGUCUACCUUCCACAAGAUAUAUCUGGCAAUUGUCUUCUUGAUAGAAUUGAAGAAUAG